CAACCCACUCGAUGUCCAGGUGGGUGGAAUGCAGAUUGUGAGCAUGCCGCAUGCAGCCUGGCUUAUCACGAGGACUCAGACAAGCGACGCUGAAGUGAACAGACAACGAUGGCUGACAUAAGUAGAUCGACAUCGAAAGAGGAAUCGAAUAGCCGAAAGGGGAAAUCCAGAUCUGGGGAACAAAGAAAAUCGAUGUUCGGGCAAAUCGGGCAAGCAGUGUUGGCGAUGAUGAUUCAGACAGAAUGUGGUGUGAGUGGUAUUGCACGUGCCUAUUGCGAGCGGGAGCUCCGAGAUCCAGCUAGCAGCUUGAGGAUAGUGAGCCGUGGAAAAGAGGGGCACAGUAAGCGGCGACAUGUUCGUGACGACUUCAUGGUGUUGACCACGGCGCCGGUUCAGCGCUCGUGGGCCGCAGCGGGUUGUGCCAUUUCAAGCUGCGGAAGGCGCGCCCUUGCAUCAGCCCAUGUGUUGGACGUUUUGUUUGUUGCCUGCUCCGUCAACGAACUGAAACAAUGCGGCGAUGGCAGUGCUGGCCUCGACAAAGGACUCGUUGUCGCAGUGAUUGUUGGGAGCUCUGGCCACUAUGGUGAUGGCUGGCUUCCGGGCGGUGAUUUUAUCCGCCGCUACGCCCGAGGCAAGCGCGUCUCGAGCCUCUGUCGCCAUCCCGAGCGUCGUCCGCGACGGCGACUACCCAUCCACUACUACUCACACAUUCUCCAGUAAACAGCUCGGCCCGUCUACAAGUGCACACUACCAUGGAUCCAGAUACGCCCCUUGCAAGCGAGCCUCAGCCGUCCAUCAUCCGCUGGAUUCUGGGGUUUCUAAUGGUCGGCGCGUGUUGGGGGCUCACUACGCCGUUUAUGCGCAAAGCUGCGAUGAACUAUACAGCGCCAACACACCCGGCUCUGACUGAUCCGAAGAACUCGGCCCUGAAGAAGAAGGCGCUUGGCAUCUGGUAUGCCGUGAAAGGCGUGCUCAGUAGACCGGCGUAUGCCGUACCGCUACUGCUU